UUACGAACUAUGGGAAAGUCAAUUCAGUUACUCCUCGCGGUUUGCCGUAGACGAGUUUGUUGUCAAACAUGGCGUCUUCGGAUGUUCACGUCCGAAUAUGCGAGCAAGAAAUCAUCAAAUAUGACUUGGAAAUAAAAGCUCUCGUGCAGGAUGUCAAUGAGUGUAUAGGACCACACGUCAAGCUGACAGAGUUGAAUGCCAAAGUGAAAGCAAAAUUCAACAACCUUAGGCUACGGAUUCAGGACCUAGAUCAGAUGGGGAGGGAGCAGGACAAAGAGUCAGACAAGUUGGCGCUACUCAGUGAGGUGGACAGACACCGCAAGCAGAUGGUCAGUAACCAGACAGCAUGGAGGAAGGCCAACCUGGCCAGUAAACUGUCACUAGACAACCUGGAGAAGGAAUCUCUUCUCUAUGGAGGAGAUAGUGAAUUUAGACAUAGAAAGGUGACCAAAGAGGGGCUGGCCCAGUCGUCCAGUGACAUCACUGAGAGCCUGAUGAGCAUCAGCCGGAUGAUGUCACAGCAGGUGACGCAGAGCGAGGAAACCAUGACCACGCUGGCAACCUCGUCUCAGGCGGUCCUGGAGACCAACGAUGAGUUUAAGGCCAUGACCGGAACCAUCCAGCUGGGGAGAAAGCUCAUCACUAAGUACAACCGCAGGGAGCUCACUGACAAACUGCUCAUCUUCCUCGCUCUUGCACUGUUCCUCGCCACAGUCUUCUACAUCCUCAAGAAGAGAUUCUUCUUCUUCCUCUAGACCAGACACAACUAACUUAAACUAAGUCACUUUUAGAGCAACUUUGAUUAGAGUAACUAUGAUCAUAUAAGCUCAUUUACGACAAGUGAGUUGUGUGACAUGAGUAUUGGCAGAUGAAUAUACUGUUUAUUUAUCAUUCCCACCUGCCACAGGUGGACACAUGUAAUUCCAUAUUAACAUUUAAAGUCUUGUGCGCACACACAGUAGUAAUGGCUACCGGGAUAAGCCUAUUUUAGACACUAUGCGUCUGUCAUGGAAGGAACUAUCAGACUGCCGUCAGCUGUUUGCAAUACUUAUAGGAAAGUUUGUUGGUUAAUGUAACCACUCGUUAUGAUUAUUAUCAUGUUAAGGUAUUAUUCCAUUGCAGGAAGUUAAAGCUGUUGUCUGAUUAUUUAUAUCCUGCUCUGAAAGAGAAAUAAAUGGACAUUACCAGUAGCCUUAUUUAAUAAUGGAGAUUCCAUUUCUUCCGGACCAUUAUUUAAAGUAUAUGGGUUCAUGUCAAUGUGUAACACAUUCUCUGUAACAAAAUCAGUUUUCAAAGAGAUUAUCACAAUAAAAUGUUAACAUUGUGAACAUUGUGAAAUUGUGUAAAAACAUUUUUCCCCACAGCAUCAGUGUGGACAUGUGGGAUGUACAUAUCACCCACACAAGUUUCAGUGACUCUGGUCUAGCAUCUGGUUGUCAGUAUUUCCUUAUGGAGCUAGCUAACUUGGCUCAGCAGUGGUGAGGCCUAGUCCCAGUAGCUGGCAGCAGGGGGAACAGUACAGUCUGUGCAGCCCAGGCACCAGGGCAGAACCAAUCUGAAAAGCUGUGGCAGUAAUCACAUUGUCAGCGAUAAGGAACCAUGCGUCUCUGCCUUUCUUCAGAUAGGAACCGGAAAAGCAGAUUAUUCUGACCCGGUUCACUCUCCUGGUCCCUGCGCCCUUUCUUUCCACCGGGGGUGGAGGAUGAGAGGAGGUUAUUUUAAGAUUUGCGUGGACCUGUUAUCUGACGUUGCCUUUUCAACACCUUGGAGGGGGAGAAGGGAUGUGGGGAGAGGGGGGCUGGUAGCUGCAUGACCUCUCUACCCUCUACAUGAAGAUGGUCUCAUAUGUCAUUUGGGAAAUAAAAAUCUGUUUUCGUGUUGACGUUUCUAUUCAGUGUACCAAUAAAGGCCUCUGACUUUG